GGGAGAUCAACUGUUGUAGACCGCACUCUCAACUUACCCUGACACAAUCUACCAAGAUCCCAGACAACUGAGGAGAGACCACUUCCAAAGAUCUUACAGAGAUGGCAAAGGUUUUCAAGAAGACCAGUGGAAACGGAGGGCUGACGCUCUACCUGGGGAAGAGAGACUACGUGGACCAUGUGUCCUCAGUGGACAAAGUUGAUGGUGUUGUAAAGCUGGACCCAGCAGAUUUUGGAGACAGAAAAGUGUUUGUGCAGCUGGCAUGUGCCUUCCGCUAUGGUAGUGACGACCUGGAUGUGAUGGGCCUGUGCUUCAGGAAGGACAUCUGGAUCCAGCAUGUCCAGAUCUACCCUGAGAACCACAAGCCCACUCUGAGCGCCAUGCACGAGACCCUGCUGAAGAAGGCUGGGGACAACGCUCACCCUUUCACUUUUGAGAUUCCCAACAACCUGCCAUGCUCAGUCUCUCUGCAGCCUGGCCCUGAUGACAAGGGGAAGGCUUGUGGUGUCGACUUUGAGGUCAAAACCUACCUUGCCAAGGAAAAGAGCAACCCUGAUGAGAAGAUUGAGAAGAAGGACACUGCUCGCCUCGUCAUUCGUAAAAUCCAGUACGCUCCCUCUCAGGUGGGCGCCGGGCCCAAGGCUGAAAUCUGCAAGAGCUUCAUGAUGUCUGACAAGCCUGUUCAUCUAGAGGCUUCAAUGGAGAAAGAUCUCUACUUCCAUGGUGAAGCAAUCCCAAUCAAAAUCAAAAUCAAAAAUGAGAGCAACAAAACAGUCAAGAAAAUCAAGAUCACUGUGGACCAGACCACAGACAUUGUCCUCUACUCAGCAGACAAAUACACCAAGACUGUUUUUAACCAGGAGUUUGGAGAGACAGUGGAUUCCAACAGCACCUACGAAAACACUGUGUCCAUCACCCCCCUGCUGUCUGAAAACAAGGAGAAACGAGGCCUGGCGCUGGAUGGACGGCUGAAGGACGAGGACACUAACUUGGCCUCCACCACCAUGCUGCGGCAGGGUGUCGAGAAAGAGGUGUUGGGAAUCCUGGUUUCCUACAAGAUUAAAAUUAACCUCAUGGUGGCAGGAGGAGGCCUGCUGGGUGGCCUCACUGCCAGUGAUGUCACAGUGGAGCUGCCAGUCAUGCUCAUGCACCCCAAGCCUGAAGAGUAAAGACUGCACAUCAGUUGUUGUGAAAGAAAACUUCCCUAUAGAAAAGAGAGGAUGUUACCGUGGAAGUUGAAAAGAAACCCACAUUAAGAGAGGAAGAAAACAAGGGGAAAUGACACAAACAAAGAAGAAGAAGAAGAAGGUGUCUGUCCUAAUGAAAUCAAAUAACUAUAAGUGAGCAACUGAAGAGAACGAACACACCAAGGAUAAUCACACAGAUGUAACAUCAGCCCCCUCACAGAUGUUUUUGUGGUUUAAUUGCUGUCUUUUAGCUAUAGACAAAGUAACUGAAUUGCAAAAUAGUAUCCAGCAUUUAGCAACCAAACACUUCUGUUGAAACACACACAUACAUGUGCAGAGUAAAAGUCUAUGAGUGGGGGAAGGUUAGGAAACGAGUUUGAAGCCCAUAAAAGCCAGAGUGCUUUGAAUUAAGGUGAUACACCGGUCUAUUGUUUUUUUCUUUCUGUGAAAUGUAACAGUUUCUGUUUUUGACUGGCUAAGGCAAAUAACCCAAAAUACAAUAAAACAAUACAUUGAAUAAAAUACUUCUAAAAACAGAA